GAUCGUUGCCAUGGAUCCCAUUUCCAACGCUGUGCACAUCCAGAUGCAACAAUCCUCUCCUCACGAGGCUCCGCCACAGACGGGCUUCCCGCCGGCGGACAAGACGCUCUCCAGCGCGUCAGACCUCCUGAAGCUCCUGCCGACCGGCACGGUGCUGGCCUUCCAGGCGCUGGCGCCUUCCUUCAGCAGCAACCACGGCGUCUGCCACGCGGCCAACCGGUACCUGGUCCUGGCGCUCAUCGGCGGCUGCGCCGCCUCCUGCGUGCUCCUCUCCUUCACGGACAGCCUCGUCGGCCGCGACGGCAGGCUCUACUACGGCGCGGCAACCUUCGGGGGCUUCUAUCCUUUCAACUUCACUGGCACGCGCGCCGAGCGGGACGCCGUGUUCAAGGACCUCUCUAGGUUCCGGGUCACGCCCAUGGACUUCGUGCACGCCGUUGUUUCCGCGCUCGUGUUCCUCGCCGUGGCUUUCGCCGACGCCGGCAUACAGGGCUGCCUGUUCCCGGAGGGCGGGACGGAGACGGACUUGAGGGAGCUGCUGGUCAACUUGCCGGUUGCCGCUGGCUUCCUCGCUAGCAUGGUGUUCAUGAUCUUCCCCACUACCAGGAAGAGUAUCGGCUACACGGAUAUGAUGCCCCACUCGCAGUGACCACACGCAGCAAAAGUGGAGCUCAUCA